AUGGCUGGGCCGUCUGGGCAGGAGCGCCGCCGCAGACACAAGUCCGCGCCCGCGCUCAGCGCGGCCUCGCGCUGGGGGGCAGACCCCAGUGAGCCGCGCAACUCCGUUGCGCGCGAGGGCGGGACCGAGGUAUCGGAGUUCGAGCAGGCAUUGAGGACGUCGCCAUCGGAGGGGCAUCGCCGCCUUGAGCGCGGGCGGAGCUUCGCGGCGCCCAGUGACAGAGCCGACACCCGCGCAGAGGCGAUUGCUGCCGCUGUGGCGCAUGGUGAACGCAUGAAGGAGGUUGAUCGCCAGAUUGCAGAGGAUGAAGCGGUCCUGAUGGCCGAGGUGCUGCCGGAUGACCGCGACUGGCAGCAUAUGGCAGCAGAUGAGGAGGCUUCAGGUGGCAAGACCGAGCCCGCGGUGGAGGCUCUCGUCGAGGUUGAGGCCAUCCCCUCGUCGGAGAGCGCUUCCGAUGUGGACGCCGUCGCCGCGGGUGAGUUCGAGGGCAUCUCCGACGGGCAGCAGAUCGUCUCCGUGGCGGGGGGCAGCUCCGACCAUGAGGCCGUCGCCCUGUCGCCGACCAGCGCCCCCCGCUUGCGCGUCAUGGCGAGGCCCAAGGGCCGUGCGGCUCCAAGGCCGUCACUGCCGAACGAAACGCCUCCUUCCAAGAGGGCAAGGAUCGGGAUGAAGACGGCCGCGGAGCACUGCAGUCCGAUCUACACGCCGACGCCGCCGUCCGACUACGACGCCUCGAUGGUGCACCCGCUGAAGGUUGCGUCUCCGCCGCCCGAGUCGAAAGAGGAGGUGGUGAUGCCCCCCGUGGACGUCGUGCGCGACACCUCGCUCCGCGCAUCGUGGUCGUCAGGUUCCGUCGGCUCGGACGCGACGACGCUUCGCCUGGCGAGCUACGGCAGCAUGGAGGACAGCCCACCACAGGACGACCCGCCCCUGAGCGACGACCUGCUGCUGCAGCUCGCGGCCUGGAUGAUGGACGGCGGUGCUGGGGACUGA